CUUUCUUUUGCAUACAAAAUUUGAAGAAAUGUAAAUUCUAAUAUUUAAAUUCACUUAACUCUUUUGUACAUAUACGUUAAAGCGUACAUAAUAUUCUAAAGGAUUUAAACAAAACCAUACUGCCGCAGGAAAAACUUCGACCUGUGCAAAGUCGCGUCUUAUACCCAAUUUUCCUUAAUUUUCAAAAUAAAUAAUGUCAAGUGCACCAGAGGUUGUGCAAAGACUAAUAAAAAUGAUCAUGCGGGCUUUCUACGAGACUCGGCAUAUCAUUUUUAUGGAUGCAGUUUUGAGACACUCUGCUCUAACUGAUGAGCAAACAGCUAUAUUGAUGGGAAUUCCCAUCAAAGAAUGCCGUUUCCUCGCGGGUAAACUUAGGGAAGAUCGUUUAUUGGCAAUUCAGAGUAGGGCAGAAGUGAAAGAAGGACAACAAAGACAAAUUCAGACUACAUACUUUUAUAUUGAUUAUUGCUUCACGAUCGAUAGCAUCAAGUGGCGUAUGCAUCAAUUGGUGAAAACCGUGGAAGACAGGAUGCGUAGUGAUUUUGAUUCAAAGGGUUAUGUCUGUCCGUUUUGUCAGAAAAAGUAUUCCAGCUUAGACGUGUUAUCCUUGGUGACACCGGAAGGUACUUUCUUAUGUAGUGAUUGUGCUACAGAAUUAAAGGAUGAUGAAGAAAGCGCAGAAAUGAUGUCUAGUCAAAAGCGUUUGGGACGUUUAAUGGGUCAAGUCAGUAAAAUUAUCGAGGCUUUAAAACAAGUAGAUGAGACAGUUGUGCCUCAAAACAACUUCCAAACUGCGCUUGAGAGAGCUGUUCCUAUAUCAAUAGAGAAUCAAACGAGUGCUUCUCAGAGCAUUCCUAAAUCCAGCGCUGAUCUACGUAAUGCUACUUCUUCUCCUUCGAUUACUGUUGAUUUCUCAACGGAGGCAGAGUCUGCAGAGGAUGUUCGCGCCAAGAAUAUGGACAAACAAGCUGCUGCUUUACAAAAUACUGUUCCUGAAUGGCAUGCAAUGUCUACAAUAUCUGGUGGAAUUACCAGAGUAGGUGCUAAAAACGUUAAUUACAGCAACAAUUCUUCAGAAGUAGUGGAAGAAAAGGAUGACAAAAAGAAGGAUUUCAGUACUGAAAAGUCUGCAUUGGACGCUUACUAUGCAAGUCUUCGUGCUAAGAAACAGAGCUCGGACACACAACAAGAACCAAGUGUUAAUAUUGUUGAUGAUGAAGAUGAAGAUGAGGAAUUUGAGGAUGUUCCAAACCUGCCAUCUACUUCACCAACUAAUCAAGUAAAAAGAAAACAAGAUGAUCUAAAUGCUACCAACUCUGAUGACUCUAAAAAAACAAAAACGGAAGAUACCUCGGCUAAUAAUUAUUCCUUACAUACAGAAAAUUUUGAACCGCUUAAUUCAAAUGAUGAUACAAAAGCAAAACAUGUCAUUAUAAAUGAUAUCAACGAAGAAAACGAGGAUGAUGAUGAGGACGACGCAGACUUCGAAGAUGUUUAGUCAUUACUCAUAAAUCCCCAAAAUAUUCAUAAAUUCUCCAGUCUAAAUAUAAAAACCCACCUUUAAUUGUUUCUGGCUAUAGCACUCAUUAGUGUCCGAAUUCUAGUAACGAUAACCGCAGCUUCCAGUGAUGAUAGAACCUCGAAAUCGUAUCUAGAUGUGUUAGUAUAGUUAGAACGUAAUUGUUAAGUCUUACCUUUUUGUUUCUCUGUUUCUAGAUAUAAUCAAUUUAAAAUUACAAGGCGAUUUUUUCGAUUGUUUGCAGAUAAUUAUUGACCCA